CUGUCAGUCAGCUCUGUCAAGUCGAGCACAAUUCGAACAAGCCGUUUUCACGGCAACCCCAUUUGAAGUCAAGUAGUGAGACAUAGCAUAACGAGCAUGCCUGCUCAACCCGGAACAAUUGACACUCAGUCCUUGCAAAUUCCCUAUUUCGCCUAUGGGCCAACUUGUGGCUCGAGCCAAUCUGACGCACCGGCAACCUCAAUCGGGGACCGCAUCGCGAGCCGCGCCCGCUCACUUCUUGGAUUUCUUGGAUUUCCUGGAAAGCAGGACCGGCGUACCACCCCAGAAACUCGGCGAGUCGACGCCGUGUGGUAUCAAUCCGACGUUCCAACCUCCAAGAUAAAAGCCCGACAGGCCUCGUCACCACACCUCAUCAUCCCACCAACAUCGCCGUCGACACUGCUCAAGCCCGACGACGCGAGCGAUAGCGACGACGACGCGGACCGCCUAGCCGACCAUCUGCAGGCCAUCCACGCCGAGCUGUGGGCGCUCAACCCCGACCCCUGGGUCGGCAGGUGGUUGUUCAUCGUUCCUGGGCUGGCAAAGAUGCCCUGGUACGUGCGUCUCGUCGUCUCCGUGGCGGCAAAUGGCGGGACCAUCGCCGACGUUGGCUGCGGCGUGGGUGGCGACCUGAGGCGGCUGGCAGAGGAUGCGUCUGCUGCUGCCAACGGUGGGCCCUCUCCGCGUCUGAUCGGCUUGGACUCGCGCCCGCAACACUUUGAUGUUGGGGACAGGCUGUUUGGCCCCCCGCCAUUGUGCGUUGAGUUCGAAUCUGCCGACAUCCUCGACUGGAACAGGUACCGUCCGCACCUUCCACCGGCGGCUCGCAACUUGAUAGAAGAGCUGAAGAGCCGGGCCGACGUCGUCGUGCUCAACAUGCUCCUGUCCGAUUUCUGCUGGGAGGAUCAGCUGCGAGAGGUCCUGGCCUCCGCUGCAAACCUCGUCAAGCCCGGCGGCAGGGUCGUGGGAUACACGCUUGCGGUGCCUGAUGGGAAGGCAGGAGUUUUCCGGGCUCCCUGGGAGCGAAACUCGAGGUUCCUUCACGACACGUGGAGCUUCCGUGCCAUAUGCUUUGACUUGAGAUUAUUGCCUGGCUUAUCCAGCGAUAGCUCUUGGGAUCUGGAGGAGGUGGAGCUUUUCGACUUGAAAGAUAUUGGCUGGGAGGGUGAUGAUUCGGCCUGGCUGAGUGAUUCUUCCUUGCACUGGUCACUUCAUGAUAGACCGAGAGUCGAGCAUCUCAAGGGUUUGGCAUUCUCCAAGUCCACCACGACUAUAAUAGCCCAGGAUUUCCAUCUUUGUCCUUCCCCAAACGGUCUGAUCACAGGGUUUCCCAUCAAGAUCUUGAAAGCCCCUGCGCCGCAUGGAAAGGCAGAUCUCGAUACAGGAGGAGGAGUGGGUGAUUUGCCUCCUGUGGGCCUAGUUCGUCGGGCUUCGAAUCAGGGGCUGAAGGUAGGGAUGGAGUUGGUUUGA